GGAGGCCCUCCCGACCCGCAAUUAACCCGCGAGAGAGCGCGCGCAUUGCUGUGGCAACGGGGCCAGGCCGAGUCGCGCGUGAAGGGUCCGGUCAGUUAGACAGAGCGCGGGGAGACGGUGGUCAGUCAGUCAGCCCCAGGGGAGGGGUGGGUUCAGUCAGUCAGACAGACAGCCCUGUGGGGGGUGGUCAGUUAGAUAGUCGGGGGGAGCGGCGACGGCAGACAGUCAGACAGACAGCCCCGGGGGUGAGCGGCUUGGGGAGGGGAAUGGCGCUGGUGCUGCUGCAGCUCGGACAGUGCGGGAACCAGGUGGGCCAGGAGCUGCUCGAACUGGUCAGCCAGGAUGGCCGGAGUGACCGGAGCCGGAGCCGCGCUGACACUUACCGAGCUGUUUCACUGGAGCGCUUCUUCCGGCAGGAGGCUGGGGCUAACGCAGUGCCGGUUGCUCGGGCUGUUCUUGUGGACAUGGAGCCAAAAGUCAUCAGCCGCACUUUAUCCAAAGCCAUGAAGUCAGGGCAGUGGAGUUAUGGAAACCAAUCCUACUUCUGCCAGAAACAAGGAUCUGGAAACAAUUGGGCAAAUGGAUUCUGUAUCCAUGGUCCUCAACAUGAAGAAGCUGUGAUGGAUUUAGUGCGAAGGGAGGUGGAGCAGUGUGAGAGACUUGGUGGCUUUAUUCCAAUAAUGAGUCUGGCUGGAGGCACUGGCUCUGGCUUGGGGACUUACAUCACUCGGUGUUUGCGGGAUACUUACCCAAACUCGUUCAUAUUGAACCAGCUCACCUGGCCUUAUGGAACUGGAGAGGUUAUUGUCCAGGAUUAUAAUGCAGUGCUGACGCUGUCUCACUUGUAUCAGUCUUCUGAUGCACUUUUGAUUCAUGAGAAUGAUACUCUUCACAAGAUUUGCUCCCAACUGAUGAACAUAAAGCAGAUUUCCUUCACAGACAUCAACAAAGUCAUUGCUCACCAGCUCGGGAGUGUCUUACAGCCGGUAUGCACCAGAUGGAGUAUUUCAGAAUAUGGCACAAAUCCUCUUGGUGAUCUGCUAGAAAGUUUGGUGACACAUCCAGAGUAUAAGCUGCUAAGCCUGAUGAACACCCCAUUGAUGUCUGACAAGUCUCUGCAAUUCAGUACGUUUACCUGGCCAGCUCUUGUGAAGAAUUUGCGACAAAUGCUGAUUUCCAAUGCUAAAGUGGAAGCAGGGAUCGAUUGGCAAAUGAAACUGCCCUCAGCAGGCCAUCCUCCAGCUUCAAAACUUAUCUCUGACAGGGAGCUACACUUCAAUACCUCUCUGACCAACCUUCUGGUAUUGCGGGGGAAGGAGGUAUUGCAAGCUGACACCGAUGGUUUUAAAGAGCAAGCACUGUACACCACCUGGAUGCCUGCUGAUUCUGCCCUCAACAUAUGGAGAACUUGCACAACUUUUAACAAGUACGAAAAAUCAGCAACUGUUGUCAGCAACAGCCAGUGUCUGCAGAAACCCCUGGACAGCACUGUGGCAAAAGCUUGGGACAUGUUUGCUUCACGAGCAUAUGUGCAUCAGUACAUGAAACAUGGAAUCUCAGAAGAGGACUUUCUGGAUUGUUUCACAACUGUAGAACAGAUCAUCGCAAGUUAUUCUAGCCUUGGAUAAUAGAUCUUGUAGGAUCUGAAUUCUGUAAAUUGUGUAAAAUCAUGUAUAAAAAGCGUGUGAGCUAGGCACAUUUUCCUGCUCCUUGUGACUCAGUGGAUUCUAGAAUAACUUGACUCACCCACAACUCAUGAUUGCUUCUGUCUGUAAUAAUUAAAAGCCAUUGAAGCUUCUGAAUGGA